AUGAAGAGACAAAGUACCCUUGGUGAGGCGUGGGGACAAGGAGGAAAGUCUAAGAGAACAGCAGAACAAGUAGCUGCAGCAGACUCCGAAUCUGAUCGCGAAGCCAUGGAAUUCGGAAAUGCAGACACGACAGAACAAGUGGCUCUGUUGCCUGAUUCAGGGAACCGAUGUUCAGGUAUGAUUGAACAAACUGAGCCAGACAGUGAUGGUGACGUCCAUUUACGAGAACCAACCAGGUUGGUUACCUCUCGAGCAGAGUGUGACGCAAGGUGCUGUCUAGACUACAAGAAGGCAUUCCAACCUACAGAUAAGCAGACAUUAACUUUGCUAGACCAAUACAAGCGAAAAUUUAUGCUUUCGUGGUAUGAAAAGUUUCCUUGGAUUUCAGUGUGUAUCACAAACAAAACAGUCUUCUGUGGAUGCUGCAGAUACGGCCAUAACACUGCGUUGUUCCAGACUUUUGCAAAAAGGGCAGAGACUGCGUUUACUAUUGACGGAUUUUGCAACUGGAAAAAAGCCCUCGAAAAGUUUUCCAAACACGAGCGUUCUGACGCUCAUUGCUUGGCGAUGGAAAAGUGGGUAAAUGUGGACAAACCAAACAUCUCUGAGAAAUGUGCUAUUCAUCUAACAAGUCUGCAGAGGCAGAGACGAGAAGGCUUCUUGAAACAACUGUUAGCCUUAAAAUUUCUUUUGAGACAAGGUCUAAGCAUCAGAGGCCAUAAAGAGACGGAAGGCAAUCUAUCCCAGCUACUUGGUGUGUGGAAGUCAGGCUGUCCUAACCUUCAACUGUUUCUUCGAGAGGGAAAAUAUAUGUCGCAUGACGUGGUGAAUGAACUCAUAACGCUAAUAGGCCGGGAGAUCACAAAAAAUAUUUUAUCCAAAAUAAAUCAGCAACAUCCUUCCUGGUACGCAAUUAUUGCUGAUGGAGCGUCUGAUGUGUCUACCAAAGAACAACUGAGUGUGUGCAUUAGGUCUGUUGACGGAAAUUAUGUCGUCAGCGAGGAUCCCAUAGGUCUGUACAAUUUACCUAAUACCACAUCAGAAACAAUAGCUCUUGCCAUCAAAGACGUACUCCGAAGAUGUAUUCUACCAUUGUCCAACUGCAGAGGUCAGGCAUAUGAUGGGGCAGCGGCAAAUAUGGGAAGAAGAACUGGAGUUGCUGUCAGGAUUCGAAGCGAGGCACCGGCAGCUGUGCAGGUCCACUGUCUUGCACACUGCCUCAACCUUUGUCUGCAAGAUGCAGGGCGCAAAAGCGAGAUUCUCAAGAACACCCUCGAUCUGGUCAGAGAAAUCGCUAAACUCAUUAAGUUUUCCCCGAAACGACAAGAACUAUUUUCACAAAACCUGCAGCAAAACUUGACGGUGGAAAGUAAUGCGGAUGAGGCUAGUACUGGACCUAAACGACUCAUAGGGAUCAAGCCCCUUUGUCCAACUCGGUGGACAGUGCGUACAGCGGCCAUUAAUGCUGUUAUUGUCAAUUAUCAUAUACUCCUAGAGACAAUGGAAGAAAUAGCACUAACAACCAAAGACGAUUAUGGGCUAAAAGCGUACGGAAUUUUCAGCGCACUAAGGAAAUUCCAAACCCUAUUUGGUUUGAAGCUUGGCCACCUCCUUUUUAGUGCAGCGGAAGAGGUAUCUAAAGCACUUCAGGCAGUAGAUACAUCUAUCCAAGAAGCAAUGACGUCUGCAAACGUUGCAGCUCAGUACUAUAACAGGCACAGGACAGAUGUUGAGUAUGAAAAAUUUUACGCUUCUGCUAUAAAACUGGCCACAGACCUGGAUCUGGAAGGUCCCUGCCUUUCUAGGCCAAGACGACAACCUCGUAGAGUAGAUGAUGGAAGCUCACCUCACGUCCAUGACACACCUAAGGUUUUCUUUCGCCAACGGUACUUCGAAGCGUGCGAUAUUCUUAUUAACGACCUGAAAGACAGGUUUGAUCAGAAAGAGGUGAUGGAGCCGCUUUUGACCAUUGAGUCUCUCUUGCUGAAAGCUGCAAACAGUAGGGCAUAUGAAGACGCAUGGAAAAAAUUUUGUUGCUCUUGUUACAAAGAGGAUUUGGACAUAGAAAGUCUUGAUUCUCAGCUUAAGCUUAUGUAUGAUGCCAUUCACCAAGAAUUGCCGCAAGUGAAGGAAAUAACAAGCAUCAGAACAAUAUGUCAAGCACUUAAUGCAAACCAAGGAUUGAAGAUAUUGUUAUCUGAAGUUCAUAAACUUGUUCGUCUGUUCUUGACUGUUCCGAUAUCGUCUGCCACAUCGGAGAGAACCUUCUCAGCUUUGAGAAGAGUAAAAACGUACUUAAGGAGCACCAUAACUCAGGAGAGGCUAAAUAACUGUUUGCUGGUACAUAUGUAUAAAGAGAUCGCAGACAACGUAAACUUGUCAGAUGUUGCUAAGAGUUUUGUCCAGCUUGACGAUAGUAGAAGAAAACACUUUGGUUCCUUUUGA